CAGAGGGGGAGAGAGAGAGAGAGAUAUAAAGGGGGAUACAGUAACGCUAGAUCCAUGGCAGAAACAGCGUAGCAAAAUCCUUUUCUCUCUUCUUCUUCUUUUUGUCUUCUUCCUCAUCCAUCCAUUCUUCUUCUUCUCUCUUCUUAUUCUCCUCCUAACCGAAAACUAAUCUCUCUCUCUCUUCCCCGGAAUCAAAGGCUCAGGGGAUCGGAGUAUCGCCGGAAUUAUACAAUUACGGUUGCUUCCUUGUUGAGACUCUCUGGUACAAUGCCAUCUGAUAUAUCGGAACCCAGAGCUGGAGGAACAGACCUUCGCACCACUCCUCCUCAGCAGAAACUGUAUGGGUUCAUGAAAACCAAUCCAGUGCCUGAAGGUGGCGGGGACAGAAGUUCUAAUCGACCGCAACAAUCAAGCUUCUCUGCGGCUCUUCCAUCUGCUAUCCCUAAUGGAAGAACAUCAGCUGCAAGUGAUUCUCACUGGGAGAGCAGCCUCUUUUCCAGCUCCUUCUCUGAAAUAUUCAGUAGAAAACUAAGGCUACCAAGAAGUGAUAAUUUGUCCUUUAUGCCUGCGUACCCCGAGGAAGAACCUUCUCAGUCUUUACAAGAGAUGGAGGCUCAAACCAUUGGAAACCUUCUUCCAGAUGAGGACGAUUUUUUUGCUGGAGUGGUCGGCCAUAAGUCUCGUGCCAAUGGAGGAGAUGAUUUGGAUGAUUGUGAUCUAUUCAGCAGUGUUGGUGGCAUGGAACUAGAGGGCGAUGUUUUUUCGUCUGUGAGUCAAAGAGCCGGUAAGAGAGGAGGCAGCAAUGUUUUCGGUGUUGGUGAGCCCCCUCGAGGAGAGGUUUCAUCCAGAGUACUUUUUGUUACGAAUAUGGAUAGCAUCAUUGAAGAUUACGAGCUCAGGGCCCUUUUUGAGCAAUAUGGAGAUGUCCGGGCUCUUCAUACGGCUGGCAAGAAUCGUGGCUUUAUCCUGGUAUCAUACUAUGAUAUAAGGGCUGCUCAGAAUGCGAUGAGAGCACUCCACGGUAGGCUCUUAAGGGGAAGGAAGCUUGAUGUUCAUUACCAUAUCCCAAAGGAAAAUUCUGGAAAAGAGAACGCCAGCGAAGGAGCUCUGUUGGUUAAUAAUCUGGAUUCUUCUGUAUCCAGUGAAGAGUUUUACAGAAUUGUUAGUUCAUACGGAGAAAUCAGAGAGGUUCGUCGAAUGAUGCCUGAGAAUUCACAGAUAUACAUAGAGUUCUUUGAUGUUCGAACCGCAGAGGCCGCUCUCCGAGGACUAAAUGGGCUUGAGAUUGCUGGGAGGCAGCUUAAACUUGCGCCAUACUUUCCAGAGGGAACAAGUUUCACUUCACAGUUUGCUGCAGAUGAUGUUGAGGGAGGUCUACCUAAAAUGGCUUUUAAUAAUCUUUCAUCAGCACAGAUAGGAAGACAUUACCCAGGAAUAUUAGCUUCAACCUCCACCAAUGGUGGAUCUAUGCGCAUGAUGCAUCAUUCUGUUGGGUCACCUGUGAACUCCUUCUCUGAACGUCAUCAGAGUCGAGAUAUUCCUAUUGGAAUGCCAACAUCGACCAGAAUCAUCUCCGCUAGCAAGCCUGUUGGUCUUCAAGAGUCUGGAAACCCUUUUGAUAGUUCAAACACGGGGAUCCAAAGCAUGCCAAACCUCCAUCCUCAUUCUCUUCAUGAAUACCUUGACAACUUUGCAAGUGGUAGUCCAUACAAAUCCUCUACCGCAUUCUCUGAAAUGGUCAGUGAUGGCCAGAAAGCAAAUGAAGGCUUUAUGAUGAGCAAUGUUCGUGGAGUUGGCGUAGAUGGGUUUAAUGGAGGUGUCAUAGGAUCACCGGCAAAUGGAGGAUCCCAUCGUGCGAAUCCCAACUUGUGGAGCAGCUCUAACCCGUCAAAUGGCAUGAUGUGGCCUAACUCACCAUCUCGCGUCAACGGCAUUACUUCUCAGCGCAUCCCACCUGUUACUGGAUUCUCUAGAGCAUCUCCUUUAAUGGUGAACAUGGCAUCAUCGCCUGUGCACCACCACAUUGGAUCUGCCCCGGUCUUCAACUCGCCAUUUUGGGAUAGAAGACAGACCUAUGUAGCUGAACCACCAGAAUCUUCUGGAUUUCACUUUGGUUCUCACGGUAGCAUGGGAUAUCCUGGCUCUUCUUCCUCACAUGCAAUGGAAAUGGCUUCUCAUAAGGUUUUUUCUCAUGCUGGUGGGAAUCGCAUGGAUGCCAAUUCCAGCAAUGCUGUUUCGCGAUCAUCGCGACAGAUGCCCCACUUCUUGUCUGGAAGGAACCCGAUGCUCUCAGUGCCAGGCUCAUUUGACUUGCCUAAUGAACGAUACAGAAACCUCUCUCAGAGAAGAAGCGAGUUUAGCUCUAGUAAUGCUGAGAAGAAACUGUUUGAGCUUGAUGUUGAUCGCAUAUUGCGCGGGGAGGACAGCAGAACUACAUUGAUGAUCAAAAACAUUCCUAACAAGUAUACUUCUAAGAUGCUCCUAGCUGCCAUUGAUGAGUACUGUAAAGGAACAUAUGACUUCCUUUAUUUGCCUAUUGAUUUCAAGAACAAAUGCAAUGUGGGAUAUGCUUUCAUCAACCUCACCGAACCUGAAAAUAUUGUCCCGUUUUACAAGGCAUUCAAUGGUAAGAAGUGGGAAAAAUUCAACAGCGAGAAGGUGGCAUAUCUUGCGUAUGGUCGGAUCCAGGGAAAAUCAGCUCUUAUUGCUCAUUUCCAGAACUCAAGUUUGAUGAACGAAGACAAACGUUGUCGGCCUAUUCUCUUUCACACCGAUGGUCCAAAUGCUGGUGAUCAGGAACCAUUCCCAAUGGGUACGAACAUCAGGUCAAGACCAGGGAAGCAUCGAACAAGUAGCAUCGAGAACUACAACAACAACUUUAGCAGCAGCUCAGAGAACAGAGAAGAGCCUCCAAAUGGGACGGACUCGUUCUAACCGAUGAGGCAGAGACAGUUUUCAUGUCAUAAGCCAGACUAACCCCUUUAGACGUCUUCUUCUAUCAGAGAAACCCCAAUAGGUAAAAACACCCCAUAGCUGUGUAAAUCUUUGGGGGUGGUAAAUUUACCUGGAGAGAAAAAAACUCAUUUUGAAGUGGAGAAAGUUAUUGGACUUUGGUUUUAUAAACUUGUUUUUGAGACGAGUUUUGUUGUAUCAUUAAACACCCAAAGAGAAAUCUUGCUGGCUUUUUUUAUUUUUGGAACUUUUUGGUUUAAUUGUUUUGGGUUGUCUACAAGGACCUUUCUUUGUACUUUUGCUUAGAAAAUGUAGCAACAACCUAGUACAAUGUGUUCAGUUUCUUUG